GUAGUUUAUGCAUUCGAAAUAAACAACGCGUAUCUCAGUUACGUUUAAAAUCAAUAACCUUUUUACGCAAUAUACAUACGUCAAAUGUACAACAAACUGCAAUUAAAUUAAUCUGAAAAAUAACGAGCGGUAAUGGCGGUGGUUUUAAACUAGUAAUUGUUAAGUAUCCCCGCUAACCUUGAGCUAUAUAAGGCAGAGCACAGGUUUGAUACCAAUCAUUGAUCGAGUUGUUUUAAAAGCGUUAAAGUGUACGGUAAUAUAUUAGCCGAAAAUAUGUACGAGAAAAUAAUAAAAGGUGAUCUUGGAGCUGAUGUAAAAAUCGUCGAUUUGCGAACAGAUACUAUCAGCAGACCUACGACGGAAAUGAGGGAAGCGAUGUAUGGUGCGGAAGUGGGGGACGAUGUUUACGGGGAAGAUCCCACGGUAACUGAAUUGGAGAGAAGGUCUGCUGAACUUUUAGGGAAAGAUGAUGCUAUUUUUGUUGUCAGUGGGACGAUGGCUAAUUUAAUCGCAAUGAUGGCACAUUGUUCGCAUAGAGGAUCCGAGAUUAUAGCCGGAGAUAAGAGUCAUACAUUCCGUCUCGAACAAGGUGGAGCAUCUCAAUUAGCGGGAAUCCAAACAUCAACGAUAAAAACGAAAGACGAUGGAACUUUCGAUUUAGACGAAUUAAGAAAUAUGAUUAGGAAGAAUCCCGAUAUCCACGAACCGAUCACUUCACUCAUAUUAGUGGAAAAUACUCACAAUUUAUGCGGGGGAAGGGUCGUUCCUUUGGAAUGGUUAGAAAAAGUGAAUGGAAUAGCCGCUGAACACGGUAUUCCCAUACACAUGGAUGGCGCACGGAUGAUGAACGCAGCUGUACAUUUGAAAGUAACGCCUCGAAGGAUUGUAAGAGACGUGGAUUCGGUUUGUUUUUGUCUUAGCAAAGGAUUAGGAUGUCCGAUCGGUUCGAUUUUGGCUGGCAGUGCAGAUUUUAUUACAAAAGCUCGUCGUAUUCGUAAAGUACUAGGAGGUGGCUGGAGACAAGCUGGUAUAAUAGCCGCAGCGGGACUGGUAGCUUUGGAAACUAUGAUCGAUCGACUCAAAAUUGACCACGAAAAUGCUUACAAAAUUGCCAAAGCUAUCCAUCAAACGAAAUCCAACUUAUUCAAAGUGGACCUUUCACGUAUCCAAUCUAAUAUUCUACUAGUAUACCUUGAUAGAUCAAAAGUACCGGUAAAAGAAUUGCAGCGCAGAUUGCAAUCGGUUACCGAUACAGACGACGUUAGGGCGAGUGUCAGAUGUUCCUCGUUGAAAGACGAUUGCGUCCGAUUCGUUUUGUAUCACGAAAUCAGCGAGGAAGAUGUGAGACUUGCCAUUAAAAAGAUUCAGUUGGUUAUACGCGAAUACGAUAAUAAAUUCCAAAUAUAAGUUUUUAUUUUAUAUUAUUUAAAAGACAAAAAUUUUUAAUCGUAAUACUUAUAACAAGAAUUUAAAUAUUUGUGGCGACAUCUGUGUGAAAUCGACCGAAACGAAAAUUAAAUUUGAAGAUCACAAUCUAUUAUGAAUUUAGAUAUUUGUGUCGAAAAUUAAGAAGUUAUAUAUUAAAAAUAAAGUGCUGGGAGAUUUUUUUUAUGGAAAAUCUUGAAUUAACACGAUUAUAUUAUUAACCGUGUGGUUGGUGAUGUUAUUUCAAACCGGAAACGCCAUCUUGGUUCUUUAUAAACACAUAAGCGUAGUUUUCAUUAAGUUGAAAUGUGAAUAAAAUAGUUUUAAAGUUUAGUAUAUUAAUAUCAAGAUAUGAUGUUAGUGCAUUAAUUAUUUUUUAUUUAUAUUAAUUGUGUUUUGUGGAAGGGAUUGAUCUAAAUAUAUACUAGUGGUUUUAAAUUAGUAGUUUGAGGUUAAGUUGCUUAUAGCUAGGAGUUCUUUUUUAGAAAUCAAUUAGUGUUUCAAGUUUUUUUGAUAGUUUAUAUUAUUAGGUGAGUAAACUAGAAACUACUUCAGUAUUUUCGAAAUUUUAAGUUAUUUUUUAUAAUAAAAAUAUAUCAUUCCAUUUUUUCGGUUUUUUUUAUUGGUAAAAUGGCUAUUUAUCAAUCAAGUUUACGUAAAUGUAACAACGUUUAGUUUAUGUUUAUAUAAUUAAAUGUAUGUUAUUUAUUAUUAACAAA